UGAUAGCGGGAAACAACGAAACAGUGUAACAUGGAAGCCGAAGAUAUUGAACCGGAUGGAAUGAUUUUUCCAUCAAAAUCAAAGAAACAGAGAAACCUUGUUUUAUUGGAUUCGGACGAUGAAUUAUCAGAAGAGCAAACAAAUAAACUGUGUGAUCAAAACUCCGUCAGAAGUACAUCAUCUUCACAUGAACAAGAAUUUGACAACGUUAAUUCAUCAGGUGAAAAAAAUUCAAAAAAAAAAAUUAAGACGUUCAAGGAUUAAGCCAUUGUGGCUUUCAGAAGAAAGUGACAGUAGUAGUAAUGACAACAGUUCAUCUUGUUUGUCAAAGAAAGAUAACACUCAGAAUAGAGUUUCAAAGAAAAAGUUAACUAGUGACUCGGAUGGCGAUAGCACAAAUUACCACGAAAAUUUGAAGAAAAAAAGUUCUCAACUAAGCUCAGAAUGGUGUUCCGGAAACGAAAGUGAUGCUAGUUGUGAAGGAGAGGAUUCGGGAAAGAAUCUAAACAACAUUUCCAAAUCAUUUAUUAACAAGAAUGUGAAAAAGAAACCCAAUGAGGAAAUGCAGGAAAUACAAAGGGAGUCUCAGCGGAUGGUACGGGAAUCGUCUGUUUGUCUGCCCUACCACAAACCAAAACAAAGAAGUCUUAUCGAAUUCCUCAAUCGCAAAAGACUAAGCGUGGUUGGCACGGUUACACCGAGGCCUAAGGAUGUGGAUUCUGUUGUACAAGUACUAGAAGAUCGUGUUAAAGAAAUUGAAGAGUUUUUCAAAUCUGAAUCAGAGGAAUCUCAGUCCGAUAAUGAAAUUGGGGACAAAUUUGCGAGCCUUCCUCGUCAAAGAGAUCAAAUGCAUCAACACGAACAACAUGAAUGUACACCAGCCGAUCCUAUUCAGGCUCCCGCUUGCUCCAGCGAGAUUUCCGACUCUACAGAUCAAAUUCCUUUUGAAACUGAAAAAGUCAAAAUUGCAGCUGUGCAAGGUACUGCAGAUUCCGAAGCAGUCUUGCCAGAGGAGGAAACAGAAACAGUUAGAAACACCAUCCUUCAACAGGAUAACUCUUGUUUAAAAAAUUCCAUAGAAAAAACUCUUGUCCCAUUAAAAGACGAUGGUCUCAAGAGCUUACAUGGAUGUAUGUUGGAUGUACGUGCUGAUCCCUGUCACGACGAUCCCAUGUCUUACAAAGAGAAGGUGGAAAACGUUAAGCGGCUGUCAAUAGCCAAAAUAAGCAAACCUACGUUGCUUGGUCGACCCGGUCAAGUACUCGAUUUCGAUCUCGAUACAACCUGUACGCCAGAUCUAAAAGCCAAUGUGAAUGAUCUGAUAAAGCGGUUUGUCCAGCAAGUCACAAGUACUAAGAAAUCACCGCAGAAGAAAGACCGCCAGAUCAGCAUCGUUCACAAAGUUAUGAAUGCGGAUGGCCAAAUUGAAUUAAAAAGGGAUGUACUAAACGUUCCUGUCGAUAGUAAUUCGUCGGAGCGCGCAUCUGUAGUUCGUCGUCAAUUUCUGAAAGACUCUUUGCGUCAAUCUAUAUCAGCAAAACGGGCUGUUGAUCGUAUAAAAAAAAUAGAAAAUCAACAAGUUCAGGAUGAAGAUUUCCCGUUAGAUGAUAAGCUUGACAGUGAACCAGAAGAAGAAAUAUUAUCAGAUCAUUCAGAUACGGAAUCAGAAGAAGAAGACGGAUAUAACUUUGAGCGCACUAAAAAAAGAAAGAAAAAGAAAAGUACAUUUGUUGAGGAGGAGGCUGAAGACAGUGACCAAGACGAAGAAGAUUCCAUUGGCUACGAGGAAAACGACGAAACCAAAGAUACAUCAACAGUACCAACGUCUAACCAGUCUAACGAUCAAAAUAAUGGCUUUGAACGUCCGCUCAACUUCGAAGUGGAGGCAAAAAAGCUCGACUCGUGUUUAGAGCAGAGUACAGCUAUCCUAAGAUCGGAUAUGAAUCCUGGCUUGAAAGGAAUCGGGUGUUCUAGUUCAUUUGAGGAUCUUACUCCAAACCUGGACAUGAGUGAUAGUUCUGAAGAAGAAGAUAUUAUUCCGAAGUUAAAGUGUUCACAAAACAAUGAAACUUCAAACGUCGAAGAACUAUUGGCCCUCUGCUCGGGAAAAUUCCCUGAUUCAUUUUCUGGAAGAGACACGCAAAUAAGCAGUUUGACCGAAAAUGCUGAUGACGAUUCUGAUGAAGAAGUCAAGCCUUUCGCAAGAAUAAUUCCAAUUGCAGACGAUGAUGAUGAAGAUGGCUCUAUUAGCGCUCACCCAAAGUUCGUUUCUGAAAAUGACGCCGAUGAACCUGGAACUGUGCCUUCUUUUUUGGAGGAUGAUGAAAAAUCGAUGUCAAAGGUGAAGAAAAGGGCCCGCGUUUGUCUGUCAGAUGACGAAGAUGAAAAUAUCGAUGAAGACCAUUCGCUUGUCGAAGAAGAGGAAAUGCAUGAAGAGGAACGAGAAUUUAGAGGUUUGACUGAGUUCUUUGAAGACGAGGCCGAACUGUCCGGUUCCGAAAUUGGGAGUGGUGACGAACGAGAAGACGAAAUGGAUGACUGGGAGGAGGAGGAAGGCGAUAAGGAGGAUAUUGAUGAAAACGAAGUUCGUGAGCAAGUUGGAAGAGCUCAUAUGAAGACAAUGCUUGAUCAAGAUCAACGUGAUGUACGACUUUUUCAAGAGCUUUUUCUCGAAGACGGUGAUUUGCAUUCUGAUGGCGGUGGAAGGCAAAGACAAUUUCGGUGGAAACAGGCCGAUGGUGAAGACACCGAGGGAGACAAUGCCCGUCCAAAAAGUCAAGAAGAUGAAGAAGAUGAAGCCGCCGACGAACAGGAUGAUCUCACGUGGAGAAAAAUUCGCAGUGAUAGAGAAAAAUGGCUCCAGCAACAAAAGUCGCAACAGGAAACGAAUAAAGAAGUGCCAUUGCUUAUGAGCCGGAAGGCUAAAAUGGUAAAAAUCAACACUGCUUCCAAAACCAUUAAUCAAGUUGCAGAAGGCGAACCCUCCACAGCGACUGCCAACGCCAAGCAAUCAACAUAUUCUAAGUCGAACAUUGUGUCCACUGUGAGACGCGGGUCUUUUUUACGCAGAAGUGAAAAGGAUUUAUCAGAACUGGCAUCGUUAACAAAAUCCGUGUUGCCGGUUCAGGCACCAAGAGUGGGUUCCAAUUUUGUAUUUGCAUCGAUUACUCCGGAGAGGCCAGUCGCCGAGCCAAAAAGGAAACUCAAACAAGAUGAUUCUAAAUGCGAUUCGUCCAAGCAAAAUCCAGUACCAGCUAAGAAAGCUAAAAUGUCUCUGAGUGCAAAGAGUAUUUUCUCCUACUUUUAAACGCUAUUUUUUAUGUAUAUGUUUGAUUCAAUUUUCAACCCAAGUGCGUGUACACGAAUUUCGAGAAUUUUAUCUCAAUUUUCACUCUAUGAAUACAAUCUAGAUUUCA